CUAUAGGCUAUAGACUAUAGACUAUAGUGAUUUUAUAGGCGGUAAAAAAGUGGCCUAUGAAUUGCACCAAUUUUAUCCUCCAAGUAAGUGUCAAACAUAUAGGCUGGGAAAUUUCACACCCAGAGUAAAGAGCAAAAAAAGUAACAUGACAUGUUUCCCACCCCCAACACAUAUAAUUAUGCCACGUGUCCAUCAUUUUCAUCAAACUUAAUCCUCAUCAUUCACCAUGUGGCCCCCUAUCCUCCUGACUCUAGCUACCUUGUUGUUAGCACUUUGCUAAAACAAAAUAAAAUAAAAUAAAAUAAAAUAAAAUAAAAUAAAAUAAAGUGACACAACUAGUGUCCUAAAGACUAAAGUGUCCUAUAGACCAAGUAACAAAAACCAACAUAACUUCUACUUUCCCUCUCACUUUCCUCUCUCAUUCCUUUUUUUUCCCACUCUCACUUCCCCUCUUCACUCCACUUUCCAUCACCCAAAUGUGCCCUCCACCACCACCACGCCCACCACCAGUGUUUCAACCACCACCACGACAACCGCAAUCACAUCCACCACCACCACAACCAUCGCCUCGGCCACGACAACCACUCCCACCACCUCCACAACAACAACCGCCGUCUCGACCACCACAACCACAACAAUUACCACCACAAGAGCCACCACCACAAUUACAAUACCCACAAUACCCUUACAACUACCAACACCCAAGACCCAAAAAAUCCACCCCAACUUUAGCAUCCUGUUUUUUAGCCACCUCUUUCUUAAUUUUCCUAACAAUUGCCGCUAUCAUCACUUGCUACAUACUAUUCCGCCCACAAAACCCCCAAAUCUCCGUCCACUCAAUGAAAUUCCCAUCAUUCUCUCUCCUCAAUGGCACUGCCAACUUCACCUUCUUCCAAUACGUAGCGGUACGGAACCCGAACCGAUACGAUUUCUCUCACUACGACAGCUCCCUCCAUCUCUUCUCCUCCUCCGCCGGCCCCCUCGGCUUCAUGUAUAUUCCCGCCGGUAGAAUCGCCGCCGGCAGAACUCAAUUUUUGUCUGCCACCUUCGAUGUCAAAUCUUUCCCACUCCCUCCUGAUGUUGGGCUCGCCGGCGGGCCCCCUGUUGGGCCCGGUUCUGGGCCCGGUCCCACGAUCGAGCUCGAAACGAAGAUGAAAUUGGUUGGAAGUGUGAAAGUGUUGAAGGUUUUUGCACAUCAUGUGGAAAAAGGAGCUCAGUGUAGAGUUACUAUUCAAAUCUCUGAUGGUUCUGUUCUUGGCUAUAAUUGCUGAUCUAACUCAUUCUCAUUCCUUUUUCGACGGGAUUCGAUCUCAAGUCUUUGGGUAUAUCUUCCAUUGAGACGUUACCAACUAAGUUAGAUGACAUCCAAUUAUUAGCAAUUGUAUAAAAAGAGAUUUCUUUUGUUUUUGUGUGUUGUAAUUUUAGGAUGAUCUGAUUUUUUUCUUUUUGUAAUAUAGGAGAUUUACUUUUUAGGUGCAACUUCUUCUGUUGUUGGGAACUAAGUUCCGUAACGAAUUUGUAAUAGACAAUGAUGAAGUGUUUGUAAGAUUUGAUGAAUUAUGAGAUAUUGAUUUCAUA